AUGAAUCAAAUGAGAGAAUUUUCAGAAAGAUGGAUUUCUGAUGUAUCACCAAUGGCUAUGGAUAUUCUUAGAAAAAAUGCUGAAAUUACAGAUAAUUGUGAGGUAAAGUUUAAUGAUGAUCUUGGCUUUGAGAUUCAUGAUCCACCAUAUAAACAUGUUGUUGAUCUAAGAAAUAAGGUGUGUAGUUGUUGGUCAUGGCAAUUAAAGGGAAUUCCUUGUGGCCAUGCACUUACAUCAAUUCAUUAUAAGGAUUGGGUUGUAGAGUCAUUUGUUGAUCACUGGUAUAAGAAGGAAACAUACUUGAAAGCAUAUAAUAGGUUUAUUCAACCUAUGACAAACAUGAAGAUGUGGCCAAAAAGUGAUAGACCAGCCAUUGAACCACCUGAAAUUACAGCCAUGCCAGGAAGACCAUGA